AUGAACAACAGCAUCRUUACAAAACCAGGCGAGAAAAACUGGAAUGCAUACAUCGACAGCGUGCAAAAACUGCUAAACUUUAGCUACGAACUGACAUUAUUUCUGCUGAUAGCUAAUGUACUUGUAAUUUUUGUGGCUCUAUUUGGUAACUCAAUCGUUAUUCUUCUUCUUAAAGUGUACUGUCAGCUGAGAGUUCCUGCAAAUUAUUUGCUUGCCAAUUUGGCACUUAUCGACUUCCUCAACGCGCUCAUUCUUCAAAACCUGAAUAGCUUACGCCUGUCGUACUGCAUCUUUCUGUCAAGUUGUCGAGGUCCAAAUAUAGCAAGAAAAAAUCUACUUCCGUUUGCCGAUGCAUUCUCCUUGAUCCUACUUUAUGCAAAUAUGAGUACUCUGUGCUUGAUAACACUGGAUCGAUAUAUUUCCGUAAAGUAUUCCCUCAAGUAUCACUCGAUUGUUACUACUCGUCGCGUGAGGAUUGCUAUUGGUGGUUCGUGGGUCACAGUCAUUGUUGUUGGUUCCGUUGCUGCAUUUCAGUUUCCUGUCCAAACUGGCACCAGAAUCGUUCCGGAGGCGGUUCUUUUCGCCAGCGCWGUUUUCAUAAUAGUUAUUUACAUAAAGAUUAACAGAAUAUCGCGAUUUCACGCCAAAAAGAUCAGAACACAUCAAAUGGCCUUAGAUCCAAGAAGUCAGCAUAUAAAACAAGAACGAAGGGGACUGAGAACUGUUGCACUCAUAUGCAUCUCCUUGUUUGUCAGCUACKUUCCUAUAACUAUUUCUGGUUUAGAAAAACAGCUUUUUAGCUCRGAACAAAGUGAGUACCGUGUCAAUGSUCGAGAGGCAUUUCGACAAGURGCCYUKRUYUUGCUCUUUUCCAAGUCUGCAGUAAAUCCCAUGCUGUACUUCUUUAGAAAUGCCAUGGCACGAGAGUACACUUUCAAAAUGUAUAAGACUCUUAAGCAAAAGCUUCUUCCAUGA